GUAUCGUUGAGUUUUGUUUUUUAUAAAUCUUCAUUGAAAUGUUUACGAAAUCUGUCCUACUGCUCUAUAAUCGUCCGAUUGACGGAUUUAUAUGAAUUGGGCUGGCUGUACGGAUUUUAAAAAUGUAAUUUUAUCAUAGGUUUAAUCGAAAAUUGACGUUAUGUUUUAAAAAUUAGUUUAUGUAAUUUUUAGAGUGUGGAUGUAGAAAUUUAUUUUAUUUAAUUCGUUUUUAAAGACAAUUUCUCGUUUCAAAGAUCAAAUAAUCCAUUUUAGAUUUAUUUUCCCCAAUCAUUCUAUGCACUAUUUUUAUUCAGUUUAAUGGGGCAAGCAAAAUAACUUCCAAUAUCCAUAUCCAGUUUAACUUUUCUUUGAUGAUUUUAUUUUUGAUCUAUCUAUCUAUAUUUUUGAAAAAAAUAACAUACUUUUAAUAAAAACAUUGGAUAUAUUUAUUGCUUUAUUUAUGGUUUUUGUUUGUAACUAACCAGAGCCAUUUUUUAAGAUUUUUACUAACAAUUUUUAGUUAUAAACAUUGAACUAAUUUGAUAAUAUCUGGUUGCCUAAAUUAGUGGCCGCCAUAUCACAAACUUUUAACCAUUAAUGCCUAAAUCGAUAGUUAAUUCUUCUGCGGAAGUUAUUACAGUCGAUGGUAAACCCGCACAACAGCACCCACCACUUUCCUCCUCCUAUACGUCGAUGGACUUGUCCCCACUGAGUAACAACACGCAGCCCUCGCCAAAGGAUAGUGGGGUAGAUGUGAGCUCACCAACCCACCGAGAUGAGGAUGCAUAUUUUGGCAGUCCCCAAGUGACAAACAACAAUAAUAACAGCAUCAGCAAUUGCAGUAAUAACAUUAUUAGUAAUAAUAAUUCAGUCAAAGUUUGUAGUGUUGUUAACGAAAACAGAAUGCCUGCUGAAAACAUUAACAAAAAUGAUGUUAAGGCAGCCUCUCGUGAUGAUGUUACCAAAGAUGCUGCAUGUUUUAAUUCGGGGGUUUUAAAUUUUGCAGCCAAAGGAAAAAUUGAAAGUGAUGGAGUGGUAAAUAAUUUCACUACCAAAACCAAAUUAGUGAAUGGUCUUAAUAGUAAUAUAACUAAAGUUACUAAAUCAAAGUUUUACAGCACUGACAGAAAGAAACAUUUAAGCUUAGGCGAAAUUCAGGAGAGGGAGUUCAGAAAGAUCAUUGCGUUGGAUGAUAAAGAUCGAAAACAUAAAAACAGCAGCCAUACGACAGUUGCAAAGUCAAUUUCUCGUCAGAGUUCUACAAAAUCAAACAGCUCUACCACUUCAGUCACAAACUGCAAUCUACAUACUGGUGCCAAGAAGAGCUUAUCAAUGUCGUGCACUGAUAUAACCACUACAACAACAACAACAGCAGUAGCUACAACCACCAAUACUACUUCUAUUUCAAACUCCAUCUCAAAGACAUCAUCAAAGGUAACAAAAGUUAAAAAAGUAAAAAUGGAACUUGUAAAAAAUAAUUAUGCCAUUGCUCCCAUAGAAGAGAAAAAAGUUGGAUUUGUUAUAAAGUUAAAGAGACAAGAAACAACAACCAUUGGUAAAUCUGCAACUGCCGUUAUAACCACAACGACAACAACCACAAUGACAUCAACAACAACUGUCACAGCAGCAGUUUCGUUGUCUAACCAAAAACAAAAACGAGGUCCCACUGGCAACAAAAACGUUAGUGAAGUCAGUGAAAUGUCCCCAACUGAAGCCAAAUUAUCUACGUUGAACUCAGUAAGCUUGACAACAGCAUCAGCGCUAACAAAACAUCCAUCAGCCACAGCAAAACUUACAACAGUAGCAUCACUAAUCACCAACAACAGUAGCAACACAAACGAAACAACGUCAUCAACAACCAACAACAACAAACGAAAAGCUAAAAGUGAAUCUAGAUCAAGAGCCAAAAAGCUCCACAACAACAACAACAGUAGUAAAAAAACAGCAACCACUAACAAAUUUGAAAAUCAAUCAAACAGCAACUGCAGCAACGACAAAGUUUGUCUAACCAACCAAAUAAAAUUAGGUGGAUCUGAUUUAGGCAGAGGAGGUCCAGGGCUGGGCGCCUCUGGUGAUUCACCUAAAAUGCCAGAACUGCAAAUGGAGACACCUUUCAUUUCUUCUCCCAUGUCUGAUUCUGGGCUACAGAACAACAACAUCAACAACGCUAACAAUUUGCCACCUAAAUUUAAUACACUUAAUGAUAAUUCGAAUAGUAAUAACAAUAAUUUAAAUAACAACAAUAACAAUAAUAAUAACCACCAUAUUAGUUUCAACUACCACAACAGAAUUAAUAAUUUUUUCAGUAAUAUCACUAAUUCUAGCAGCCAACACUAUGAUUAUGUGAUAGGUGAUAGUAAUAAUAUUAAUAAUAAUAAUAAUAGUAACAACAACAAUAAUAAUAAUAAUAAUGUUGGUAGUGGCUUCAAUCCUGUUAAUUAUGCUAAUAAUUACAAUAUCAGUAGUGGUAAUAAUGAUGGUGAUACGAAUUCCCAUAGAAAUAGUAGUGGUACUUCUACUAUUAAUGAAUACAAUACGCCACUAUUGUCAUCCUCAUCAUCAUUUUCACCAUCAUCAUCAUUGCCAAUGAAGAUGUCUCCAUAUUUUCCAACAGCAUCAUCAUCAUGUUUUCCAGGUGUUUCUACGACAAUAGCAACAGCAUCAACGUCGUCUUUUUCUACAUUCUCCCCGAUGUCAUCAACAUUUUUCCAGGCGUCAAUAUUUCAACCUCAACUGAUAACAAUGCCUAAAAGGUUGAAAUGUCGAUUAGGCAAUAGUGUUAUAACUAAAACUUUACCGAAUUUUGUUGUUGGGAGUGCUCCAGCAACAUUUUUGCCAGGUAAUUUUACAACUACUGCCAAUCCUACUAGCAGUGAUAAUAAUGCUGUAUGUGCUGUUGGUUUCAAUAGCCAUUGUCCUAGUACUUACAACAACAAUGUUUUUAGCAGCUGCAACGUCACUAACUACAACAACAUCAACAUCAGUAACAUAGCCAACAACAGCAACAACAACAUAAGUAACAUUGCCAACAACAGCAACAACAUUUGCAACAACAACAGCAAUGAUGCAGUUUUCAAUUUUCAUGACAACUUAAACACAGCCAACAGUACAAUAUCACAUCACAAUAAUAACUACUAUAGCAACAAUAAUAACGACAAUAGCAGUAAUAGUAAUAAUAAUAGUAAUAAUAACUUUUGCCCCAUUGUUGGUUAUGAUAACAAUAGCAUUAAUUCUAGAACAUUAGAUAUACCUGAUACAUCUGAUUUACACCUAGCAACAAAAUCAGUGCCAUCAACGUUGACCACAUCAUCAUCAUCAGUACCAACAUCUUCAACACCAACAUCAUCAUCAGCAUCAACAACAACAACAGCAACGACGUCGUCAUCAUCACCGUCAACAACUACUACUACUACAACAGCAAAGAAUUCUGUAAAAUCAAAAAGUAACAAAAAACCUCAGAAAUCGUCAGAAAAUUAUUUAUCUGUUAAGAGUGUUACCGGUUUAAAAAUAAAACUUUUGAAGCCAAAGACAACACCACUCCUUAUGGCAACCACUACCAUUGCCACUACUACUACUACUACCAUUUCAACUGCUACUAUCGUUACUACUACUACUACAUGUACCUCUGAUAGUAAUACUGCUACAUCUAGCAUACACAACAACACCAGUAGCAAGGAUGAUACCUGUAACGUUGUUGAUAGCAUUUAUAAUGAUGGAAUGUCGCACCCGUCACCUAAACUUUCAUCAAAAUCAACAUCAGCAGCUGUAGCGGUUGGAGCAGCGACAUCAACAGUUGAAGCAGCAGUAGCAUCAGAGUCACCAUUUUUUGGCCCAUCAUUACCUACACUGGGUGAAAUGAUGAUAAUGACGUCUGCAACAGCAACGACUCCAUCCGUAUCUGCAACAAUCAAACCAUCGUCACCCUUUCAUGAUGGUGACGGUGGGGGUCAUUCUAGUAUUAGUAGUAGUAGUAGUAGUAGUAACAAUAAUAAUAAUAAUGAUAAUAGAAUUGAGAGUAAAUUCAAUGGUGUUUCUCCUGCGAGUGAUUUAGACAACCAACAUCGCAGCAGUUUCCAACAUUUUCAGCAGCAGCGGCAACCGUUUUCAAGUGCAGAUUUUCAGGCACAACAGCAACAAAACCAGCUACAACCACCGCAACUACAACAACAGUAUCAGAACCAACAGCAGUACCAGCAUUACCACAGCGGCCGUCAUCAACAAUCGGAAGGACCGAAUCAAAACCGGCAACAACAUCUGCAACAGCAGCAGCAGCAACAACUUUUUAAUAUGCUGCAGAGUUCACUACAACCUCAUUGCCUGCAACCAUUUCAACAACAACAACAAAAUCAACAGUUUUAUCUUGAUCAACAACAAAACUUGCAACAACAACAACAGCAGCAGCAAAAUUUAGACCAAUGCCAUCAAACCUUGUUAAAUCCACAUCAGCAGCAAAAUUUGUGUUCUUCACAUCAACAACAUCAACAGCCACAAAAGCAUGAAGUGCACCAGCUGCAAAUUUGCAAAAUAGUCAAAGAAAAAUGUGUUGUAAUGCCAGAUGGUAGAACAAAAAGAUUAAAACUAAAAUUAGCCCUGCCACCAUUACCACCACCACCAUCAUUUUCAUCAUCAUCACUUUCGUCAUCAUCAUCAUCAUCGUUGUUUUCCACCUUUUCUUCGUCUCCACUUCAGACGUUUCCACCAUUACAAGCAGCUCCAAGAAUGCCAGAAGCAAAUUUUACUGCAGAUUACCUUAUGUUGUCAUCAUCAUCGUCAUCGUCUUAUUCAUCAUCACCAUCAUCGUCGUCGUCUUAUUCAUCAUCAUUAUUAUCUUACUCAUCAUCGUCGUCGUCAUCAUCGCCGUUCUUGACGUUGUCGUCAUCUUUAUCGUUAUCAUCUUCGAGGUCAUCUUUACCUAUUUGCUCAAUUAACUCAGGUUCACCAUUCAACAGUAAGAAUAAUAACAACAACAACAAUAAUAAUAAUAAUAAUAAUAAUUACCCUAACUCUAACCACAAUAAUAAUAAUAAUAACAAUAGCACCACCGCCACCAACAACCACAACAACUGCAAUGAUAUUAUCAAUUUCCAACAUUUGGCCAGUACAUUCGAUGAUGAUCGUCACAAGUUUCUGUCCCAGCACAAACAAAGUGAUCAUCUCAAUCAGAUUAAUCCGAAUCACCUCUACAACAAAAAUAAUAAUAAUAAUAAUAAUGAUAGUGCUGGUAAUAGUAGCGACAAUUUUCAUCAUUAUCAGGAUUAUGGCCAGCUGCAGUACAGUUCAGAGCUAUUGAAUUUAAAUAAAAAAUAUGAUGUGGUUGAUAAUAGAGAUGAUGAUGACGAUAAUAGAGAUGAUGAUGGUGUCUCUAGUGACUACAGUAAUCACAAACAGAUAUCGUUAUCAUCAUCUACGCAGCAGUCCUUAUCAGUAAAGAUGUCGUCGUCAUCACCACCAUUAUCAUUAUUAUCACCCCAUAGACAAAUAAGAAGGAGUGAUGAUGCUUAUGCUUAUGAUAAUGAUGACAAUCAUCAUCAUCGUAAUCAUAGUAUUUCCAAAAAGUUCCUUAAUAAUUUUAAGCCAACCAGUGGCAGUUGCUUCGUGUCCGAAGACGAGUAUGGUGAUAUGCCUAAGCUGGAAAGGAAUGAAACAGCUGAUUCAUUGCAACAACAGCCACAACAAUCUAAGCAUCAGCAAGAAAUACACCUUAAAAGGACAACAAACGACAACAACAACACCAUCAAACAGGCUACCAGCAACAAUAGUUGCAAGGGCAGCAACAACAAAGACAUCGACAAUGGUUCUCCGUCGUCAAGGAAAAGCAUUCCCAAAGAGGUAAAACCUUCCGUGGCUACAUCCACUUACGACAACUCAACUGCUACUACUGCUACUACUUCUACUGAAACGACAGCAGCUUCUGCCGCUUCCACUGACAUCACCCCACUACCGAAAAAGAGAAGAUUAAAAUUUGAAGGUCUGGAACUUGAUUUAGACUGCCUCAACAACAACAACAACAACAACAACAGACUGAAAAGUGACAGCAACAACAACAGCAGCAGCAGUAAUUUUGGUGACAACAACAAUGACAAUGAUAGCAGAAGCACAACAACAACGAGGUGUUUGAGGAAAAGAGAACCACCAAAAGUGGAGGCGAAGGGUAAGUUGAACGAACGAAAGAACGAAAAAAUGAGUGAGAAAAGGAAUAACAGUAGGAAGGCUUUGAUCACUGAGAAUAAUAAUAAUGAUAAUAGUGAUGAUAAGAUUCAUAAUGAUGAUAGUGGUCUUGUUGUUAAUACUGAUUGCACUGUUAAAGAGAGUAAUGCAAGUAGAGGUAAGGGCAAUAAAAAGUUUAAGAAAAAGUGCCAAACUGACUCAUCCUUAUCGUCAUCUGUGACGUCAUUAUCAUCAUCAUCUGUGACAUCAUCUUCACUUCAAAAAACAGCUGCAAAAUCAUUCAUUUCAUUUGAUCCUUUAUCGUCGUCGUCUUCAUCCACGACGGCGAUGAUGAUGAUGAUGACGCCACCGUACGAUAGUCAAAAGGUACAAAAUUACUACCACCCUUGCAGUAAUGAUAAUAGUAAUAAAAACGCGUCAUCAUCGUCGUCGUCGUCAUCAUCUAUGGCGUCAUCAACGACAUUUUUGUCCACUGUGUUGUCAACACCGCCGUCAAUACAAACGUCAUCUGCUAAUGUUUUUACUCCGACACCACCAUCAUCGUCAUCAUCAUCUUCGUCGUCAUCUUCAUCGUUAUCAUCUUCUUCGUCGUUUACUCUAUCCGAAACGUCAUCAUUUUCAUCAUUCAUAUCAUCAACAUCGUUUACAUCUGGCAUCUCUAUCUAUAACUCUAGUCAGGGAAAUGUUAAUUUUAAGUCCACUUUUAGCUACAGUAAUAAUAAUAAUUUCCAUCAUCAGAACAGUGCUACCAUUGUUAAUGAUUAUAUUGAUCAGAAUUUUACUGCGGGUUCCAGAUUCCCUAAUCGAUGUUUACAUCAUUCGUCAUUUUCUCUUUCCCCACCACCAUUUUUAUUCAGCUCUUCAACUAACAAUAACCAUCUUCACUUGCAAUCUCUCGUUCAAACGCCUCUAUAUAACUGUACGACCAUUCACUCUUCUAGUCCGGAUGAUUCACCCGCCAAUCAAGUUGUAGCCCCUCCCACAACCAGCUCCGCCGUCGCUAGUGUUGCUACUAGUUCAGUGGCCAUUAGCAUGUGCCCACCUCCUAAGUUUGUUAGAAGUUUUAAAGAAGUUAGCGACGAUAACGUUGAACUUAGCAGCAAAAAAGAUGAGAAUAGCCAGGAUGAAGAGGUCGAUGAUGUUACGAUUGUCGAUCUGCCGCCCACUGAUCUUAUUCAAAGUAAUUGUUUCACUAUGAAAGAGAGUGUAUCAGUCGGUUCUCUGAAUGUUGUCACAUACCUACCAAGCGCUCUGACCGGCUUUACCUCCACCAGCAAUGGCCUCAUCUCUCCAAUUGGCAACAUCUCAAAUAAUAGCAACAUAGUCGAUAGGCUAAACUCUAAAGCAUUCCAAGAGAAGUCGAGUAAACUUUCAAAGAUAUGCCUGAAACUGCAGGCCAAUGGCGCCUUGAAACUCUCCAACCAGCCACCACUGACAGUAGCAAAAGCGACAACGACAGCUGCAAGUAAUGAUGUUAAUAGAAUUAGCAUUGAUUUCCAGGUUAACAGCAUCCAGAGCGGAGUUAGGAAGGAGAUUCAAGUGACCAGCAGUGAGUCCAGUCCUGUCAGCAAGCGAAAAUAUGAUUCACUAGAAUCCAACACGGAUACUGCAACUUGUAAAAAGCAAAUAACACCUAACAAAAAAGUUAAAAAAUCAGAUUAUUUAGAGAGGCUUGCAGACGAGUUGAAAUUGAAGCAGCAGCUGCAGGAGGAGGCCGAGAAGCGUGAACGACAGCAGAGAGAAGAACAACAGAGAGAGAUGGAGGAACAGGAAAUGAGAAACAAACGAGCAGACGAACGAUUGGUCAGAUAUUACGAAGAACAUUCCGAGGACAUUGACAGGUACAUCUCUGAUCAGGUGCACCUAGUCAGGCUACGAAAUAAAACGUACAGGUUGUUCUGCUGCUUGUUUCCUGACGUGCAAACGCCAGUCAAGUUAUCUCCAGAUACAGAGGCUAUUGAUCAGCUGAUCGUCGACGCCAUUUCUGUUCUGGAUUGCUCCUCCUCCUCCUCUAGCGACGACCUCUCGACUUGCCCCAAUGACGUCACAGCCUCCAAAGUUCAAAGUUCAGAUAACAAUGAAGUCGAAAAUGUCGGCAGAGUAACGAGCGAUAGUACGCUUACGACUGAUAACACUGCUGGCUUUCUAGCCACCACAACAGAGAAAAAUGGAAUGGAGGAUUGGCAGUUAGAGAGUACUACUGCGACAUCGGAACUAUCGGAUGGGUCACACACAUCCCUGAAUCCUAACUCACCAAAUUAUCUACCGAGAAUCGUCCUAUGCAGGUCGGCCAGUGGCUGCUUGAAUCGGUUGUUAGGCGCACUUCAGAAGUUCCUAAUUUUAGUGCUGCCUCAUCUACGAAUCACCCUGGAGACAGACGCCACUCUGGACUGCAUGGAGAGGAUUCUCGAUCGAGUCGUCAUGGCCAAUUGUGCGUUCAUCGGUUUCAGUACGCCCAUCCCUGAAUCUAUUAAUAGCAAACAGAUUGUCAAUGUUGGCAGUGUUGUAAAUGGUAGUGUCGGUGAUACUAAUGAUAAUGAAACCUCUGCAGCUGCUGAUGGUGAUGAUGGUGAUAUUAAGAUUGUGGACGUUGAUGAUGAUUUGAAUGAGAAGAUAGUUGAUGAUAACUUGUUAGGAAUGACGAAUGUCUAGAUGGUGAUGAUGUAAUUAUCAUUACUAUUAUUAAAGCAUUUAUUAUCAUCCCCACCGUCACUGAUGAUUAUGUAUGUAUGUCAGUCUGUCUCUCUUUGUCUGUUUGUUUGUUUGUUUGUAUUUUUGUUUGUAUUUUUGUUUGUUUGUAUGUAUGUAUGUAUGUAUGUAUGUAUGUAUGUAUGUAUGUAUGUAUGUAUGUAGAUGGAUAGAUGAACUGAAAUAAUGAGAUGAUGAUAAUGGAAAAUAAUUAAUUACGAUGGAUGACGAAACUUUACUUUUGCAUUCUUAAAUGAAAUUUCAACCAACAACAACAAUUAACGCUAUUUAUUUAUAGUUUAUAUAUAUAUAUAUACGUACCUGUAUAUGUGUUUAUGUGUAUGUAUGUGCUUUUGUUUGCAUGCAUGUAUGUGUAUUAUCAUUGACUGUAUGCUGAGGGUAGAAUGAAUCUUUGUCAAGUCUCUAAUAGUUUUGUCAGCUUUCAACGAAAUUUUACGUAUUGUGCUUUUGGCAAUGCUGAUUAUGAUGAUGAUGGUGGUGGUGGUCAUGAUAAUAAUGACGAUUGGAAUGGUGAUGGUUAUGAUGAUGGUGGGGCGGUCGUGACGAUGAUGAUGAUGAUUGGAUUAAGAUGAUCAUCAUG